AUGGGAGAGUGGGCUUUUCUGUCCUCUCUGUUGGACAAGGUUCAGUCCCACUCCACAGUCAUCGGGAAAGUUUGGCUCACUGUACUUUUCAUCUUCAGGAUCAUGGUGUUGGGAGCUGGAGCAGAGAAGGUGUGGGGGGAUGAACAGUCCAACAUGAUUUGCAACACCAAACAGCCCGGCUGCAAGAACGUCUGCUACGAUCACGCCUUCCCAAUCUCGCAUAUCCGUUUCUGGGUCCUCCAGAUCAUCUUCGUCUCCACGCCGACGCUGGUCUACCUCGCUCACGUCCUCCACGUCAUCCACAAAGAGAACAAGCUGAGGGAAUACUUGCAGGCGCACUCUGGGAGCGAGCUGAUCAAAAUGCCCAAGUACUCUGAUGAAAAGGGCCAUGUCAAGAUCAAAGGCAACCUGCUGGGCAGCUACAUCGCCACCAUAUUCUUCAGGAUCAUUCUGGAGGUGGCGUUCAUCGUGGGGCAGUAUUACCUAUACGGGUUCGUGAUGGACCCAAGAAUCGUCUGCUCCCGAGCACCCUGCCCCUUCACGGUGGAGUGCUUCAUGUCUCGCCCCACAGAGAAGACCAUCUUCAUCAUCUUCAUGCUCGCAGUGGCCUGUGUUUCUCUGCUGCUCAACGUGGUGGAGAUCUUCUACCUGCUGUGCACUCGCGUUCGCUCCAGAAGGUCUAGAACAGCACCGAUGGCUGCCAUCACCAUGCACCCCCGUUUCAGCGGUAACAGUCUGAUGCAGAAUGAGAAGCUCAGCCUGCACGCUGCCAGUCACAGCACAGCCUGA